AAACCGAGUUCAUAACUUCAUAUAAUCAAAAACGUUCCCCCCCCCUUCUCCUCUGUUUCUCACAAAACUAGAAACCCAUCAAAAAUGGACACCGUUGUCUCCAAUUCAGCAUUACUCUCCAUACCACCUUUCCCUCCAGUCCGUUCAGUUACUUCCAACUCUUAUGCACCGACCGCUUCACUCAGUUUCUCGUCAAAGAAGCUCUUCUCCAGCUUCUUCUACACCCAAAAGAAACUAGUGGGUGGUCGACGACAUCGCAACUCUUCUUGUACAGCUCCCAAGUUUUCGAUUGCUGCUAUUCAGGAAAUCAACGAGACCCAGUUUCAGGAUUCUGUUCUUAACUCCGAUCGCCCGGUUCUUGUCGAGUUUGUUGCCAGUUGGUGCGGUCCUUGCCGCUUAAUUUCUCCGGCUAUGGAAUGGCUUGCUCAGGAAUAUAAGGACAGAUUAACGGUUGUUAAGAUCGAUCAUGAUGCAAACCCACGAUUAAUUGAAGAAUACAAAGUUUAUGGUUUGCCUGCUUUGAUUCUUUUCAAGAAUGGGCAAGAAGUUCCAGAAAGUAGAAGAGAGGGUGCAAUUACAAAAGUUAAGCUUAAAGAGUAUGUGGAUGCUUUAUUGGAAUCUGUAUCAGUCGCAUAGUCCAGCUCCAGUUGGAUUAGCAUACUUGCCUAUACCAUUGCUUCAGUAACUGUAAUGUGGUAAUUAUCCUUUUGCUUUUCCCCUCUUCUACUUUCUCUUGUAUAAUUCGAGCUGUAAAUCUCCAAAAAUUAUCAUGAGUAUAGAUCUGGCACUUAUUUUCUAUUUUACUUUUCUAAAAACCAACCUUCUUCUCUUUAUCUCUGUUACGUUUCAUUUGUCCAACUAGAUAGCGAUGAUUAUUCCCAAGUCUCACUAGGCUUCUUACAGAACAUUAUCUUGUUUGAUAUCA